AUGGUGCAGUAUGGAUACCACGAUGGACACACCACCGAUUAUUCUCUGCCAAAACAUCUCGUUCGGUACAUCGAGCCUACAGAGGGUGAGUUUGACCAGCAAGUGGAGUACGACAUGGACGAACAAGAUCAGCAAUGGCUUGAUGGAAUAAACAUAGAGAGGAAGAAUGAUCAGCUUGAUCAUAUCAGCUAUGAGGCGUUUGAAAUUGUCAUGGAUCGGUUGGAAAAAGAAUGGUUCGCUCUGAUUAAGCGCAUUCCAUCACGUUUCUCCAUUGGUGCCGCAGAAGAUGAAGAAGAAUAUCCAGAAGACUCGAACUGCGCUUUAUGCGACGACAGCGAAUGUGAGAACCUGAACGCAAUUGUGUUCUGUGAUGGAUGCAAUUUGGCUGUCCAUCAAGACUGCUACGGUGUUCCAUUCAUUCCCGAGGGACAAUGGCUCUGCCGCAAAUGCACAGUGUCUCCAAAUCGUCCGGUCUCUUGCGCGUUGUGUCCGCAAGAGGGAGGUGCUUUCAAGCAGACUAUCGAUGGCACAUGGGCACAUUUGUUGUGUGCGAUGUGGAUCCCAGAGACUGGCGUCAGCAAUUCUGUCUAUAUGGAGCCGAUCGAUGGCAUCAAUGCUAUUCCUAAAGCGCGCUGGCGUUUGCGCUGUUACCUGUGUCAAUCGCGGCACGGCGCGUGCAUCCAGUGUGAGCAUCGUUCAUGCUUCACUGCGUUUCAUGUGAUGUGUGCACGCCGAGCGGGACUCUUGUCGCAUGCGCACGGGCAACAUGAAAUGGAAGAGCAAGAUACCAAGCCCGAUGGUCCUGCGGCGUACUGUCAUCACCAUUUGCCGCCUGCUGAAAAAGCUGCUUUGCUUGAACGAGUGCGCAGUAAUAAGCGUCGACAUGACGUUGACGAUAGCCGCAGCGAGAUUGACGCCGAUGAUAACGACAAUGAUACCAGCAGCUUGUCGGACAUCUGUGUGAGUGAGCUGAUGUCAACUCCUAAACGGUCUUCUAUGUCAGCGUACGAAUCCAUCGCGUCAAAGAGUGCACGAGCAUACAAUCAAUUGUAUUCGUCAGGGCCUCUGCCCGUGCCGAACUACAUGGUCAAUCGUGUCCUCGACUACAUUGCACGGGUGCCUAUGCGGCGGAAGCCGCAAACUGUCCAUCAGAUCGUACGAUAUUGGAGUCUCAAGCGGCAACAAAUGCGAGGUGCGCCUCUUUUGAAACGAUUGCACAUUGAGCCAUGGACCGUUGGAAACUUUGUUGAUGAGCGGACCCAUGCCCUUAAGCUCGCCAAACUCCAAUUUCUCUAUCGCCUGCGUGAAGAUUUGGAAAAGGUCCGUCUCCUUGCUGAGCUCGUGCGCAAGCGCGAAAAGACAAAGCUGCGUCAAAUGAAUCUGUUUCAAAUGUAUAUACUCGACAAGGUUCUGCUUUCCAAGCAGACACAACUGCGUCAGGCACUUGAACGCGUCAUGUCUCUCGACAAGGCCCAAUGGUUCCUGCACCCAGUAUCGAAGGCAGAUGCCCCGAGCUACUACGAUAUAAUCAAGCAACCAAUGAACUGGUCUACGAUUCGCGAGCGGAUCGAUACGAUGGCAUAUACGACAUGGGAGGAAUGGGAGGCAGACGUGCGUUUGGUCUGCGAGAAUGCGACUCAAUACAACCAGCCACACUCGCCCAUCUCGAAAGCUGCACAGAAGAUCAUGAAACAUUUGCCGAGCAUUGUGGAAGACCUCCCUUGA